AUGCAAAAUAACUCAAUAAGGUUCGCCUACGCCACUGAGGAUGUGAAGGAUGAAAAUAUGAGAAUACCUACCUGGAACAGUCGGUCAUCGAAGCGGACAUUACACAUCAUCUUCUCCUGUCUCGUCUUUGCGGCUGUGUGUGCUGUCAUUCGUCACUUCAUGUUGAGGAAAGAAAACCUCCCGGGUCUGGUCUCAACAUUCACCAGUAAGUGCCUUCAUCGAGACAUCACCAUAUUUAUCAUUGAUCCAGUCGUUCUCCGGUCGUUGUUGGUCGUCAACGAGUCCACGCCUCGCUGUGUCCUGUGCACGGCUGGGAAUGUCAUCUCCCUCGGGGUAAUGGAAGCAGACUGGGACAAAAGGGGUUCUGUCCUUCAAGAUCUUAAUGACCAUGGCAUUGUCCUUCAAGUGAUGACCUCUCCUGACCCUCGUUUGUUAACGAGGCUAAACGUUCCUAUUCCCACACAUUACAUCAUCCACCAAGGAGGGAUUUUCCGGCCUUUCAUCCACCUGGUGGUGUUUUACAAAAGGGCAGACAACUUCUUGUGGCACAGUGCACUGGAACCAUCGAAAACCACAGGUCUGAAUUUAUCAUUUGGAAGGAAUGCUGGAGCGUAUGACAGGUUCAAUCUCCAAGGCAUGACUGUAGACGGUAUGAGGCUCCAUUUCCCACAUACAGUUGAGCAGUUCCUUGCCCAGAUCUCAGAGUCGGAGUUUAUUGAGUGCGAUUACGAGAGGGCACAGAAAUUUCUGGAACACAACCCCAUGGUCGAAACUAAUCUGACACAACGUGGGACUCGAGUCCUGUUGAAAGCCAAAAAGGUUCUUGAUAGUAUUGGCGUCACGUUUUCCCUCAGUUCCGGCACAUGUCUUGGUUGGUAUCGACAGUGUGACUUCAUCCCUCAUACUAAAGAUAUAGACAUAGAGGUUCCUAUCCAGGAGUUCAGCACAAGCAUGAUACCAGCAUUUUUGAAGGCAGGAUUUAAAUUCCUGUCUAUGGUAGGGAAGGUAUCCGAUAGUUUCAAAAUAGCCUUUAAAGCUUUUGGCGUCAAGAUUGAUGUGAACUUCCUCUAUGAGGAGACGACAUAUCUAUGGUACGGGGGAACCGAAAGCAGAACUGGCCGUAAAUUUAAAUACAUUUUGCCAAAGUCUAAAGUUUGCUGGACUGACUUCAUGGGUCUCCGAGUCCGUGUCCCGUGUCCUGUUUUGCCCUACAUCAUCGCCAGCUUCGGCCCAAAGUGGAACACUUCAAUAACGAGUUGGAUCUGGACAGAAAGUGGUAGCAACGUGAAGAAGAACGGCGUGUGGUCAAAAGAAGACCGGGCCAGUUUUAUGUAUAAUUAAUAGUAAAUAAUACCAACUGCGUUCAUCAUUGAAUUAUGUAUACUCAACCAUUUAGACGUUCAUGCAAUGCGGGGCGGUGGGGUAUCCUAAUGGUUAAAGCGUUCGCUCGUCAUGUCGAAGACCAGGGUUCGAUUCCCCACAUGAGUUCAAUGUGUGAAGCCUCUCUUGCGUCCCUCGCCGUGAUGUUGCUGGAAUAUUACCAAAAGCAGCGUCAAACCCACCAUACCCACUCAAUUAAUGCAGUUCAAUUAUCCCCAUUUUUCUUAUAAACAGUCACGAGUUGACUAAUUGACACCACCUAAGGUUCAAGUAAAGGUAAUAAAACCCUUUCAACAUCAGCAAGAAAUCUCUGCUAAAUGUAUUUGUUGGUUGUUUAACGCCACUCAGCAAUAUUCCAGCUAUAUGGCGGC